AUGGGUGUCGCCAAAAAAACCAGAAAGUUUGGGCAGGUCAAGCGCAUGAUCGGACAGCGCGACGCCAGACUCAAGGCCAACAAGGAAAAGGCCGAGCUCGAGGCCAAGGCCAAGGCCAAGAAGCAGACGCCCAGCGGCGAGCUCGUCCGCGAGGCCCCCCAGAUGCCCAGCAACAUGUUCUUCCAGCACAACACGGCCCUCGUGCCCCCAUACAACGUCCUCGUCGACACAAAUUUCCUCAGCCACACAGUCCAGCGCAAGCUCUCGCUCCUCGAGUCCAUGAUGGACUGCCUGUACGCAAAGUGCAACCCCAUCAUCACCUCGUGCUGCAUGGCCGAGCUCGAGAAGCUCGGCCCCAAGUACCGCCUGGCCUUGCGCGUCGCCAGGGACGAGCGCUGGCAGCGCCUCGAGUGCGACCACAAGGGCGUAUAUGCCGACGACUGCCUCGUCGACAGGGUCACCAAGAACCGCAUCUACAUUGUCGGCACAAACGACAAGGCCCUGAAGCAGCGGUUACGCAAGAUUCCCGGUGUCCCGCUCAUGAGCGUCGCGAGGGGGAAAUAUGUCAUUGAGAGGCUGCCGGGGGCUCCGGAUUCAUAG